AUGGGUGUCGUCGAAAAGGGAGAUACCAUCUACAUUCCAGCCAACACAAUCACCGAGCACAAGGUGAAAGUCGAAUGGCAACAAAAUCUCGCCCACAAAACCCAAGAUUACUAUUCCGUGCCUUUCUUCAACAAGACUCAGGGAGAUGAGCAAGGCGUAAUCUUCAUCUCAACUGCCUACCUCGACGAGUUUAAGGCCAAGAAGACAGGUGGUGAAGACCUCACCAUCGUCGUUGACGAGUCUUUCCAGUAUGGGCAGAACAAAGAGAAGACUACGCGUUGGUUGGCUUUCCACGAUAAGAGCAUGAAAGCUUUCCAGUGGAGAUUUGUUGCCAGUGCCAAACAAGCGUUCGGAGACAAAUUGUCAUCAUUUGCUGGCGGAUUCCUCAAGACGUAUAUCAUGGUUGAUAUCAGUGCCCUGUCCGGCUUUCUCGGUGACCCUCUUCGCAACUUCUAA